AUGGGAUUGUAUUGUUUUGAUAAUGAUGUUGGCAAUGAGUCAGCAUUUUUUUGUAGUCUCGUGGCUCAGCCCACUCUUAUCGGACGAGUGAUUGAGUUACAGAGACAGGAUCUAGAUUUGGAUGUUAUUCACACUCUGAUUUCUGGUGAUGAAACAGUGAAGGAUUGGACCUUACAUAUAGAUGGAGGUCUACAAUUUAGGGGCUUGUUAGUUGUUUCCACAGUUUGUCGUGAGGACAUCUUACGGGAGUUUCACACCUCCCGCUUUGUAGUUCACCCUGGUGGUACCAAGAUGUAUCAUAAUCUGAGACGUCAGUACUGGUGGAGUGGGAUGAAGAAGGACAUUGCACAGUUUGUAGCUAAAUGCCUUACUAGUCAACAGGUGAAGGCCGAGCACUAG